AUGUCUGUUGUUGUUGAGAAUCUUUCUCUGGAACACAGAACCAAAAAGCAGAGGAUCAUUAACGAGUCCUCCUCUUCUAGUAGAUGUGAAUGUGGUAACUGGUUCGUUCGUUACGGAGUUUGCACCACUUGCAAAUCAACUAUUGACAAAAACCAAGGCCGAGCAUUCGAUUACCUUUUCAACGGUUUACAGCUAAGCCACGAAGCUGUAGCUGUAACAAAGCGCUUCACCACAUCAGUCUCUUGUUCCACCGAUAAAAAACUUCACUUAGUACUUGACUUGGACCACACGCUUCUCAACACCGCUAGUCUCUCACGACUCACCGAAACAGAGAAGUAUCUGAUCAAAGAAGCGGCUUUAAUUACAAGGGAUGAUCUGUGGGAGUGGACAACCGAAGGCGAUGAUGAUAUUCCCAUUGUGUCCUUGAUGACAAAGCUACGGCCAUUUGUUCACGGUUUCUUGGAAGAAGCCAACGAGAUGUUCACAAUAGUGAUAACAAGAGACGAGAGUACUGAUAUGAAGACGCUUGAUUUGGUUUUGGCUCAUGAACGUGGAACAUUGAUUGUGGAUGAUAGUCCUGAUUCUGAGGAGAAGACGACAGACGAGAGUGAAAACGACGGUGGAUUAGCCAAUGUUUUGAAGUUACUCAAAGAAGUUCAUAGUGCAUUCUUCAGAAUCGCAGAUGAAAAGGAAUUGGAGUCACAAGACGUGAGGUUGCUGCUACGAGAGGUAGAGUCCAAUCGUGUAGACAAAUAA